UUUUGGCCUUUUCAUAGAAAGCCCUAGAUGAGCCAUAGCAUCGUCAAUUGCUUGGCGAAAGAAGGUUUUAGCUUCAGGGUUCAGAUCUUCAGACCGCUACCUCUAUUUUCAACUGAGUUCUGAUAAUAAAACGGAGCGUGCAGCUUCCAAGAGAUUUUUGCAGGGUUCUUUGUGAGUAGCGUGGACUUGAUCUAUGUUUUGCUGGUAUCCACUCAAAGUAUCCUCCUCAAGUCUCACACAAGAUUAUCUUAUAAAUGGAUUCCAAUAGCAUAUGGUGCUGUCAUGAGAAUAAAGCAAAGUAAUAAUGUAAUCAAUGUCGCGAAGAUUAUUUACAAUGGAGAAGCUGGAAGGAGAAAGUACUUGUAGAACCAGCAGCAGUAGUCUUGUUUCAAGCAAUCAAGAUUUAAUGAUCAACAGACUUUCUGGGCUAACAGUGAAGAUGACCAGCAACACUAGUAUUGUCUUAAGAAAUGAAGAUUUAAUGAUCAACAUACUUUCUAGGCUAACAGUGAAGACACUUUCAAGAUUCAAGUGCGUCAGCAAACAAUGGAACAUGUUGAUAUCUGAUCCUUAUUUUGUUAGUACACACCAAGCUCGGGCAACUCAAGAUCCCAACAUUAUCAAAGUGCUUUGGGUAGAUAAUCGAGAUGGAUUGAUUGGUCUUUGUUCAAUCAAGGAAAAGAAAGAGAGGAGUGUUACCGUUGAUUUGAUUCGGCCAAAUUAUGCCGAUGCAUUCCUCCUGCGACAUGAUAUUUUAAUGAAAGGGAAUCCUUGUAAUGGACUGAUUUGCCUUACUUCUUCGGAUGGUCAAACUGUGGUUUGUAACCCAACAACGCAAAGCACUAUGGUCAUCCCCAGAGGCAAUAAUAAGGGAAAUUAUAAUUACGUUGAGGGACUUGGGUAUUGUUCCUCAAGCAAUGAAUUCAAAGUAGUACGCCUAUUUGAAAGGUCGGAAAUUGAUACGAGUAUCCCUUGUGUUUGCCAGUUGUAUGGGUGUGAGUUAUUUACCAUAGGUCAGAGAGGUGCCCAGCAACACUCAAGUUCAUGGAGACAAAUAGGGAAUCUCCCUCAUCGAGUUGCUGAUCGAUCAAGCAAGACCAUGUGUUAUGUAAAUGGGGGAGUGCACUGGAUGAUUGUGCCGCGUGAGCAGGUAAAUUCAUCUUCCUCUGAUUUCAUUGUUUCUCUGGAUCUUGAACUUGAGGAAUUCAAAGUAGUUGCACACCCAGAGAGUUGGGCACAUGAUAAAAGAUUUAAACAUACGAUGAACAUGUGUCACAAGGAGUUGGGAGGAGAUAAAAGAUAUAACUUGAAGAAUAUGUAUCUCAAGGAGUUGGGAGGCAAGCUAGGUGUUGUAUGUAAUAUCUUUUAUUGUGAUCAGUGGGAUAUAUGGGUGCUCAAGGACUCCACUAACUCCAUUUGGAGUAAGGAUUAUCACAUUGAUCUAUCCAGCCCCUGUUAUCCCUAUAUUCAUUGUUUUUCUGCAGUUGCCUUAUGGAGGGGAAUGCUUCUUAUUGACAUUACUUAUGAUAGAAUGUUGUGUUAUUAUGAUCCAAGAACCCAUUUCUGUGAAGAAGUCAUCAGGUUGGAAAAAUUUCAUGCGUUUGCAGAAUUUAGCACAUUUGUUGAAAGUCUUCUUCCUCCGUUUUGAUGUUUUAGCCAUAUUACUUAGGAGGUUAUUAAAACUUUUAGCAGUAAUGUUUGUUAUUUGGAAAAUUUGAAUGUUUCCUUUCAUUUCGUUGUAAAAUUUUCCUUGCAGAUGAUAUAUGAAGAUCUUUCUAUAUUGUUA